AUGUCUGAUACACAAAAGUUAUCAUGCAAUACACAACCAAAUACUAUGAUGUUUACAAAUGAUGAGAAAAACAAACAUCAAGAAUUACGACAAAAAUGUGGUAAAGAAUAUGACGAAGUAUUAGAAAUUAAACAAAUCGAAUUUGAACAAUGCUUGAUUAUUAAACGAAUGGUUCAGUUGGAGUUACAAAAAGAACGAUUAAAAGGUAUAUUAAAUGCAUUACAAUCGUUAGAUUCAGAAGAUGAUGGUGAUGAUGAUCAAUGUGUGCAAACACAACAACGAUGA